UUUUUACAAUUUACAUUUACUGAUUACUACAUAUAAAAGAAGUUACGUCUUAAUUGAUAUAUUUUUUGGUAUUUCGGUGUUAUUACUUAUUAGUUAUUACUAUUUGUAUCUACCAUUUGGUAUUUACUAUUUGCUAGAUAAGAUUUUAAGAUCUAAGAUAUUAAACCAUUAUUAAAGAAGUUGAACGUUUAACAUAUUACCUAUCUAUUUGUUUAUUUUAUAAUCAAGUAAACUAAUUUUAUAAUAUUAUUUUAAUGGUUUAAUUUCUUAUUUGUCUUAUAGUCUUGGUGAACUUAAAACCAAAUGUAAAUUUUCACAUUUUUUCCUGUAGUCUGAAAUUAUACACAAAUAUAUUAUUUAUUUUAACAGGUGCACACUAUGGUUUAAAGUUAUUUAAUGUGAUUAAAAUGAUAACAAAACAUCAGGUCAGAUGUCUUCUGCAACAAUUGGCAUAGGUGCUAUUAUUUUAAUUGGACUUUGGUCGUCAUCUUUUAUAUUGUGUCUUCUGUCCCUUCGAACACGUCAUAGUAUUGGACCAAUUGUUUUGGUAUUUACAGUUUUUAUAACAAUUAUAUUGCUUUCAAUACCUCGCAGUUCAGUAGAAACAUCUAAAGCUAAACCAGAUAUUAAGAUUGUAGAUCCACUGUUUGUUUGGCGUUUAGCCACUCUGAGUAUACUGUCUAUAAGUACAGCAAUAGGAUUAGCAUCAUUGUUCUCUUCACAUGUUAUGAGUCGCAAGACUGUGCCUCAACUUAAAUCUUGGGUACUAUAAACUAUAACAUAAACAAUGUCCUUCAACCGAUUUCGUUGUUUAGAAAGAGUCCACCAAACAACUAAACGAUCAAUGUCAGUUGGUCGUGUCUAUCGUAAAUCAUUUACAGUAUGUGGCAGUGAAGACUUUAUUCAGAAUGUAUUAAAAAGUGAUAUUCCAGUUAUUGUCAACUUCCAUGCAGAGUGGUGUGAACCUUGUUUAACAUUAACACCAAUGUUAAAAAAGAUGGUUGGGGACUCGCCAUCUGUACAUUUAGCAUUAGUGGAUGUUGAAAAAAAUGCUGAUUUGGUUCAUACAUUUGAGGUAAAAGCAGUUCCGGCUGUUUUAGCCAUUCGCGAUGGCCAUGUCAUUGACAAAUUUAUUGGACUCAUUGACAAUGAUAUGAUCAAUGAAAUGGUGAAAAAAAUGUCUAAACCUGAAGAAGUAUAGAUACAAUGAUAAUCAUAUAUAUUUAUAUAAUUCUAUAAAAGCAUUAUAUUGUGACGUAUAUAAUAUAUUAUAACUUUUAUUGUAGUAUACUAUUAGCCCGCUUUUAAACCAGUUUUAAGACAUUCAUUUUUUAAAUGCUAAUUAUUUCUAAAGUUAAUUAAAAAGUUGAAUGUUACUUCAUUAAAAUUCAGCUUAUAAUUCAUAGUAUAUUCGACAUGUACUGUUUUUCUAGUCACUAUUAUGUUAUUUGUUUUAUAUUUCUAUUGAAAUAUUUAAUAAUAAUUUGUGUUUAUGUAAAUAUCAAAAAACAUGUAUUAGCCCCAUAUUUUUUUUCUUUUUUUCAUAUAGUAAUUUAAACAUUGCAUUUACUUGUGUAACACUUUAUAGAGUACUGAAAUAAUUCCACUUUAAUUAGUCACUCUAUUGGUACAAUGUGAGACAUACCGAAUUCUAAUUAAAAAUUGUUUCCAAUU